CAUUCUCUCUUUCUUUCUGUGUGCUCACAGCAAACUUCUCUUUGAACCCAAGUCAGAAAUUUACUGAACUAAAAAUGACAUCUUUUCUAAGAAUUUCUUAUUUCGCUUACCUUUAUGAGCUUUUGCAUUGUGCAUCUUUGAUUCAUCCAUUUCCAUGAGAAACCCAUCUCUCCAAUUGGGUUUCUGAUCUAUCUUCAACUGGGUUUUCUGCAAAUUUCUCGUGAUGGGCUUUUCGAGUUCUUGAUUUGUCUUAAGCCACUGGACAGUUGGGAAAGAUGAUAGCUUGUGCUUUCUUUCAACUCUUUUUAGUUAGUUGUGGGCUGUUUUUUGUGGCCUCUGAAGUUUUCCCCCCGGAUGAAGUGAAAGCUCUUGCUAAGCUCAAAGAAUCUAUAUAUGAGGACCCACUUAUGGUUUUAUCAAAUUGGACUGACAACGAUUCCGAUCCUUGUAGCUGGAAAGGCAUUUUUUGUUCCAAUGCUAGAGAUCAUGUCAUUAAAAUUAACAUAUCGGGGGCGUCUUUGAAGGGCUCUCUUUCACCAGAAUUGCGCCUAAUCUCUUAUUUGCAAGAGCUUAUAUUGCAUGGAAACCUACUCUCAGGCACAAUACCAAAGGAGAUUGGAUUGCUGAAGAAUCUUAAAGUAUUGGACUUGGGUGCCAACCGGCUGACCGGACCAAUUCCUCCCGAGAUUGGCAACUUAUCCAAUGUAUCAAAAAUAGUCCUUCAAUCCAAUGGGUUGACAGGGAGUUUGCCCCCUGAGCUUGGAAAUUUGAAAUAUCUUGAGGAGCUUCGGCUUGAUAGGAAUAGACUCCGGGGCGCAUUGCCAGUCAGUAACGUCUCAAAAGUACAUGGAAUGGAUCCCCACGAUGGCAACACAAAUGUUUUUUGUCGUUUGUCUCAGCUUAAAGUCAUUGAUUUCUCCUUUAACUUCUUUGUUGGGAAUAUACCCAACUGUUUGAGUUCUCUCCCAAGCUCGAGCUUCCAAGGGAACUGCCUACAAGUGAAAGAAAUCCAACAGCGCUCCCCUGCCCGUUGUGGCAGUACACUGCCUGGGAAGAACCGUCCAAGAGCCAACGCGGCACUACACCCACUUGCAGAUAUUCCAAGCCAUCACCGAGCUGCGUCUUCAAAACCUACCUGGCUUUUAGCUCUGGAAGCUGUCACGGGAGUCAUGGCGGGUACUCUAUUUGUGGUGGCUCUUCUGACUGCCUUUCACAAGUUCAAGAGCAGACCUUCUAUUAUUAUCCCUUGGAAGAAAUCGGGUAGCCAAAAAGAAGAAGGAAAAGACCAUAUGACCAUCUAUGUAGAUACUGAGAUGCUUAAGGGUGUGGUGCGGUACAGCAGGGAGGAACUAGAGGUAGCAUGUGAAGAUUUCAGUAACAUUAUUGGAUCUUCACCCGACAGCUUUGUGUACAAAGGUAUCAUGAAAGGUGGGACAGAAAUAGCUGUUAUUUCCUUGUGUAUCAAGGAAGAUCAUUGGUCAGCUCAUCUCGAGCUUUAUUUUCAGAAAGAGGUUGCAGAACUUUCUAGAAUAAAUCACGUAAACACGUCAAAACUGCUGGGCUAUUGUAGAGAAAGCAGACCAUUUACAAGGAUGCUGGUUUUUGACUAUGCGUCAAACGGGACACUGUACGAGCACCUUCACUAUGGAGAAGGGAGCCAAUUAUCAUGGACCAGACGAAUGAACAUUGUUAUCGGCAUUGCUAAGGGGCUGAAGUAUCUCCAUACCAAUCUUUCUCCACCGUUCACCAUCUGUGAACUGAAUUCGAACUCUGUCCAUCUCACAGAAGAUUUUUCUCCAAAGUUGGUUGAUUUCGAAAGCUGGAAGACAAUAGUUUCAAGAUCAGAGAAGAGUUCGGGGGCCAUCGGUGGUGAAGGUGCACUGUGUAUUUUGUCAAGCUCUCUAGAGAAGCGCCGCCUUGACAUCCAGGGUAAUAUCCACGCGUUCGGCUUGUUGCUGCUAGAAAUUAUCAGUGGCAAACCUCCCUACAGCAAACACAAAGGGUCCUUGCUUGAUUGGGCGAAGGAUUUCCUGGAAGUCCCGGAGGUAAUGCCGUACGUGGUGGACCCGGAGCUGAAGCACUUCAGGUACGAAGACCUGAGAGUGAUAUGCGAGGUGAUAAAGCUGUGCAUCCAACCGAGCUGGAUCAGCAGGACGUCCAUGGCCGAGCUAUGCGCCAUGCUUGAAGGUAACAUCGACACUUCUGUGUCUGUGGAGCUCAGGGCUUCUUUGGCGUGGGCCGAGCUCUCCGCGCUCUCCUGAUUCUUUUUUUUUUGGACCGCCUGUACGGGGAUCGUUUUUUCUCUAGGUUUAAUCGAGUCGGGUUUUGUGCAAAUUUUUGUUUGCCAUAUAGAGGUUGAUUGUAUGUUUUUUUUUUCUGUAAAUGACAAAGAACAUAUUAGGAUCACAGUAUCAAAAUAUGGAGUACUCAUUAGUUAAUGUGUAGCAGUGUGAAGUAACUGGUCAAUAUACUACCAGAGUACAU